GUGUUUUACAAGCUAAUCUCUGAGUCAAAUAAGUCGCUCCACCGUCGGUAGUAGUACCUUUAUUCAAACAAUGGAACUGAAUGUGUUCUUUAUUUUGACUUUCUUGACUAUCGCACAAUGCAAAUUGAUAACGUUGUCAUGUAUACAAAUUCGUGCGUUUGUGGAUGGUCACAAUUCGAGGAGGCUGCUGCUAGCCCAGGGCAAGGUACCGGGACAGCCAGCGGCUAGUGAAAUGAACAGUGUGGUUUGGGAUGAGGAGCUACAUGUCAAAGCAUCUAGAUGGGCAAUACAAAACUAUAAUUACCACAACCCGGAUAGAAAUACCAUAUCCGGCAGAUUUACCACGGGGGAAAAUUUGUAUUGGUAUUCUACGACGAACAGUAAAUACGAACUGGAUCCGAACAACCCUUUAGAGUCUUGGUUCAGCGAGCAUGUGAACUUUACCUUUGGUCCUUUACACGCCCAUGACUUCGAUAUCUCCAAUAACUAUGACAUUGGGCACUACACUCAGAUGAUAUGGUCUGACAGCGUCUACAUCGGCUGCGCUAUAUCGCAAACAUUCAAAAACGGAUGGAACAAGUUUUUUGUAGUCUGCAACUAUGGACCAGGUGGCAACUACAUCAAAGAAAAACCAUACAAGACUAGUAUAGGCUCCAGUGGCAAAUUAAAGUGCGGCGCCAAAGACUGCAACCAUCCAUACGGACGAAAGUGUAAAAAAAUAAAUACGUGAAUGAUACCCAUCUAAGAUUAACAAUCAAUAAAGCAUUUCUUUUUAAA